CUGGUAUCUCUGUAACCUGCCUUUAUCUCUUGUGAAGCAACAAUGUACGUGGUAUAAAUGUCUUACAAUUCCCGUAUGCUACCAAGAACACAGUUCGCCACACUCGUGUGAUUGCUCUAUAGCAAACUCUUCUCUUAAUUUUUUUUUCGCCUUGUGCUUUAAUUCUUACUUGGACAACGCUAGCAGAUAAACCUAAUUGUCUUCUGUAACAAUACUCUUUUGACUUACCCACAUAGAGUAUACCAAUUGAGUGGAUAGUUAUCUUGGCUAGUAGUUUAGUCUUCAGCUUGCUAAGUGUUUUGGUUGUUUGUUCUUGAAUUCUCUUACGAACGCGAAACCCGUGUGUAUCACCACCCGUCGCACUGGUAUCCACUUUCAUUCUAAUUUCUUUUUCUGAUUCUACUUCAACUGUUUUUGAAACGCAAUUGCGUUGUGUCGCCGAACUUAUUCUUUCUCACACAAUUUUGACUUUCAUCCCGACUCUCAGUUCUCUAAUUAAGCAUCUGAACGCAUAUUCCGAGACGAACGGCUUAUCCCCUGUGCAAACGUUUUGAUUCCUUACAUUAUCUUUGUCAUUUUCAUUCUUUUCCACUGUCUUUUUGUCGUUUCCCUUCAACUUAAAUCUCAUUCUACAAAAUGUCAGAGUCUAUAAAACAAUACGACUCUUCUUUGGAUUCAAAGAAUCCGAAGAUUUCUGAAAAGCCCCAGGAGGCUGUUGACAUCGAACGCGCUGACUAUAUCGAGGGCGAAAUUGAAUAUGCCGAUGUUCAACGCAAAGGCUUCUUUCAACGUUUCAUCGAUGAUUUCAAGCCCAUGCCCACUGUUAAUGGUGAGCGCCCUGAACUGAAGCGUAAAUUGAAGGAUCGUCACAUGCAAAUGAUUGCCAUUGGCGGUGCUAUCGGUACAGGUUUCUUCGUUGGUUCUGGUAAAUCUCUGCGAAAUGGUGGUCCCGCUUCUUUGUUGAUUGAUUACUCUAUCAUUGGUGUUAUGAUGUUUUGUACCGUCUAUGCUCUGGGUGAACUCGCAGUUGCUUACCCUGUUCGUGGUAGUUUUUACACUUAUGCUACACGUUUCAUCGAUCCUGCUUGGGGUUUUGCCUUGGGUUGGAACUACUUUAUGAAUUACUUUGUCACUUUGCCUUUGGAACUUACUACAUGUUCAAUGACCAUUCGAUUUUGGACAGAUAUAAACAGUUCUGCCUGGAUCGCAAUUUUCCUAUUUAUUGUCAUCGUUAUUAAUGUCUUCGGUGUCCGAGGUUACGGUGAAGUUGAGUUUGUUCUCAGUACUGUUAAAGUGUUCGCUACCUUGGCAUUCAUUAUCCUUGCCAUUGUCAUCAAUUGCGGCGGUGUCACCACUGAUCCUCGUGGUUAUAUUGGAGGCCAUUACUUCCGCAUGAAGCCGUUCCGCAAUGGUUUUAAGGGUUUCUGUUCUGUCUUCACCACCGCUGCCUUUGCUUUCUCUGGUACUGAGCUUGUCGGUAUUGCCGCUGCUGAGGCUUCCAAUCCCCAGGAAUCCGUGCCUCGUGCUUCCAAGCAAGUUUUCUGGCGUAUUGUCAUUUUCUACGUUGUUGGUUUGCUGUUGAUUGGUCUGCUUGUUUCUCCCGAGGUUGAUGGAGACCGUUUGUUCGGCGGCAGUGGUACUGCUACUUCUCCCUUCGUUAUUGCUAUUCAAGAUGCUCGUAUCAAGGGUCUCCCCUCGGUGAUGAACGCCGUUAUCACAAUCUCUACUCUUUCUGUUGCAAACUCUUGUACCUAUGCUGCUUCCCGUACGCUUCAUGCGUUGGCUGAAGUUGGUCAUGCACCCCGUUUCUUGAGAUACAUUGACAGACUCGGUCGCCCAGUUCCUGCUAUGAUGAUCUGUUUGCUCUUCGGUUUCUUCGCCUUCAUUAAUGCCGCUGGUGAGGAUACUUCCGACAGCGUAUUCAACUGGUUGCUUGCCUUGUCUGGUUUGUCCAACUUCUUCUCUUGGGGUUCCAUUAACUUGGCCCAUAUUUGCUUCCGUCGUGCCUGGGCGCGCCAAGGACGUGACCUUAACCAAUUGGGUUUCGUUUCACCCGCUGGUGUUUAUGGUUCGUACCUUGGUUUCGGUCUGAACGUGUUGUGUUUGAUUGCCGAGUUCUACGUGUCUCUUUUCCCUCUUGGUGGAUCACCCAAUGCUAGUGACUUUUUCCAGAACUACAUGAGUUUCCCUAUCGCCAUUUGCUUCUUUGUUGGUUACAAGUUUUAUGACCGUACUCGUCGUCCUCCCUUGUCCGAGGUUGAUCUGGAUACUGGACUUCGCGUUCGCGAUGAAAGCGAGAUGAUGGAAAAGUCAACAGAGGAUAAAGGCAAACUCAUGAAUCUGAUGUCUGCCUGUUGCUAAACGAAGUGUCUAAGCAGCUGCACCUUUCAAUCACAUAUAUACUUUUGUUAUUCUCAGUUGUGAAUGGCAGCCCUCGUUCGGCAAUUCUAUACCAACCAUACCGAGCAUUUGCUAUUCGACCUGUGUGCCUCCGUGCCUUCCCUUGUUUCCAUAUUAAUAUCCCUGUCCUAUACCGGAGGUUAAAAAUUAAAGCUGGUUUUUAAUAAUAGAUGCUUUUCCAAAUACCGAGCCGCCAGUUAAUAGCUAAAAUGUAGAGAAUUGUCAGGUUAGAGUAAGUCGAUUUUAUUCUGAGCUGCAGCUGGUCCGUAUAAAUUCAUGAGCAUUUACAACUUUGCUAUUAGAACU